UAAUUUUUAAUUACAGCUAUAGAAUAAAAUUCUAUACCUCAACAUUGGAUGAGUGUACCUAUUUUUGAUAGUGAUUAUUUUUUCUGAUACAAUGCUUUUGAAUAUAUUCUAAAUUGACUUUUCUUUAAUCAUACGACGAUUUCUAGUCAAAUUCUCAUUUAUGCUGGUCUUCAAUUAUAAUUGAAUCAUGAAUUUCGAUAAGGGCUCAAUUCUGAGAAUCGUAAGUUAAUCGCUCAAGUUGAGCCCUUUUUGAAAUGCUUAAGGAUGCCUUUUUUGCUUAAGGAUAUUUUUCAGCGGGUGUUAUCAACUAUCUUCAAUUCAUGAAAAUGAUUUAAAGAAAUGUUUUUACAUUUUUCGUAUACUCUACGAUAAUUGACUGUCUAUAUAUUGUAUAUCGAAUUUAUAAUCUAAUAGUAAUAAAAUUUUGAUUUUCUUUUAAUUGGAAGAAAUUAUAACGUAGAUAUUGAGUUGCAUCGAAUCUGAAUAGUUAAUGAGGAAUGAAAAGCUAAGUGUCGAUAAUGCACGAAGCUUCCGCGCUAGUUCGUCUCACCACGACCUCCAUUUGUCUUUCGUCAUUAUAAUACACGAGAUAAAAUCACCGGUAUAGACUAAAGCUUCAGACUACUGGCAAAGUACUCCAGUUAGGUAUGGCCGUUUAUCCACUUACGAACCCUAUUCAAGUUUCAGCAUCUCGUUUAUACUCUUACUUAUGUACCACUUCUUCUAUUGUCUUUUACUUUCAACCAUUUUCACAGUAUUCUAUCAUUAUUUUUUCGACCCUUUUUUUCGAAUGACUGUAAAUUACUGUCACCAUUAAAUUAAAAGACUUGUUUUCUUGCGCUAUGCAUCUUCUUAAAUGUUCUUAAAUGACUUCUUAAUAAAGGAAAAUUGUAGAAAAUCUCCUGAGUACAAACGGAAUAUCGAGAUACACCGUUUUGGAACGACACAUGGACUGACAAAUUGAAACGAGAUCUUCUUGUCAAAUAUGACAAAUUCGCAAGACCUGCACAUCACUUUAAUUCAACUGUAGUCACUCUUGACAUAGAAAUCCAUCAUGUAUCAUUGGACGAUAUGCAAUCCGUUCUGUCUGUUCAUUGCUUCCUCAGAAUGGCCUGGAAGGAUGAGAAAUUGAAGUGGAAUGCUUCGGAUUAUGGAGGACUGAAGCAGGCUCACUUGGGCAUUCAUGAAGUUUGGCAGCCUGACGUCGUUUUAUAUAACAGUGUGGUCGUGAAUGCAGUCGAACACUAUGGAGACAGCCAUUGCAUUGUGGACGACGAUGGAACAGUUUUUUGGGUUCCACCGGCUCAAUUUCUUGCAUUCUGCGAUUUGGACCUACGACUCUGGCCCUUCGAUACACAAUCAUGUUCUCUUAAAUUGGGAUCAUGGACAUAUUCAGGCGAUCAAAUCGAUUUACAUCUUUUUAAGAAGCCUAUGAAGGUGCCAGACCUUCUGAUUACGAAUACAGAAUGGAAAUUGGAGGAGAUGACUAGAGGGCGUACUGUCGUUCACUACGAAUGCUGUCCGGAACCGUACGUGACACUGGUCUUCAAUUUGACUUUGAAGAGAAAUGCUCUACUUUACUACAACAUCAUUUUUACACCGACUAUCCCAAUCGUUUUUCUCACUCUCAUGGCCUUUUGGUUACCACCUCAAAGCGAGGUAAGAAUAGCAGUAGCUGGAUGUACGGCUCUGAUAAUCUCGAUAUUUUUAAUCUACUUCGGCUUUAAAAUACCACCGGUAGCUGAAAAUUUGCCACUUAUUGUAAGAUUCUAUAGUGGCAGUCUUUAUCAAGUGACAAUUUCUCUAAUUAUUUCAAUAGUAGUUUUGAAUUUAUCAAAAAGAGCAAAUUGUUCACCAAUUCCAAGAGGAAUCAGGAAUUUCCUGAUGGGAUGGCCAGGAUCUUACUUAGGACUCUCAGAUCACAUUAAUGCGAUUCAUCAGCACAGACCAAGUGGUUGUCAAGAAUUAAGAGAGAGCCACGUUGGAGAUGUUUCAGUCUCGAGUCUCUCAUCAAAUGGCUUUGACGAUUGUGAUCGAGAAAAUAUAAUUACACCUGAAAAGAAUGUCAAUCAACUUGAGUGGAUUUUAUUAGCCACAGCACUUGACAGAAUAUCUUUUUUCGUUUUUUGUAUUAUAUUCAGUAUCAUGGCAUUAGCGUGCAUUGCAUAAAGUCUGUACUGAAAAUUUACAAUAAAUACACCAAAAAAAAUUCAAAAGAUCUCAUGACAACAUUAGUUAAAGAUUUGAUGAAUUUUCAAAGUAUUCUUUUAAAUUAUCUUAACAAUUUAUUCUAAUUUCGAAAUAUAGUUUUCAAGUGCAAAAACAUCGAAUCUUCAUAAUGUUGCUCACCGUUGAAAUUACAAAACAUUAAAUUAGAUAAUGAUUAUUAAAAGAUGUAAUGUAGAAUAAUGUUUAAACAGCUAACGAGAGGCGA